GUUUGAGCUGCGCAACACUGCCAACAGACUGCGAGGCUUCAUUUCCAAUCUUGGCACAAGGAACUCGAGGACACUCUUUAAGUUUCAGCUGGGGCGGCAGAGCGCCUCCUCUAUUGUGCCCUGCCAUUUUGCACUGAGAGGCGCUCAGAAAGGAGCGGCGCUGAAGCAACGUUUGCCAUGGCCGCUGCGUCGGUUGAUUCCAACGACUCAGACUGCUUUGUCUGCUCAGACGGCGGAGACCUUUUGUGCUGCGACCACUGCCCACGAUCGUUCCACGAUACCUGUCUUACGCCGGCGCUUGACACCAGCGACGGGCUGCCCGAUGGCGACUGGGCCUGCCCGCUAUGCUCUGGGUAUGGUCAGGGCAGGUUUGACACAGAGGUAGUGUCAUCAAAGAUGGACGAGGAGGAGAAGGGUUGUGUGCGAACGCGGGGUGUGGCGAAUGGAGUUCUAGAUGGCAGCAGAGAACUGAAUGGAAAAGCGGAGGUGGAGAAGUUGGAUGGAUCGGCUGCACUUGCGCAAUCCAUGGGGACAAAAAAGGUUGAAAGGUUGGAUGGAUUGGUUAGCCAAGUGCAAGCCAACGGGAAAGCCAAAAUCGAGAGGUUGGACGGACUGAGCAGCCCAGUCCAAGGGCGGGCCCUGGUUGGGAAGCUGAGUCCGGUGACACCGGCUCAGAAUGAAGAGGGAGUCCGGACGAGGACUUUGCGCAAGCGAGCUGGUAAAGAUACAGCUGGCAGUUUGGAGCAGAAGCGAGUGAAUGGUGUCAGUGGGUCGAGGAAGAGGAAGGCCAAAGAUGAGAGCGAGGUGACGGUGAAGAAGGAGGAAGCAGUGUUUGAUUUCCAAUUGGACGAAGGGGCCGAGUUGGAUUUGCGGACACCAGAAAUGAAAAUGGAAAGAAAUGGCGCCGGGUUUGGGCAAGACUCUGUCUCAAGUGGACGGACAAGAAAGGUCAGAUUGUCGGCAACCUUCAAGCAGACCGAGGGGGAGGAAGUCGCAAGUGGGUCAGGGGGGGUUUCGGAGGAGGGCUUUGCAGAGGGUUCUGAGAGUAAUUCUGCCAAGGUUCUGGGAGGGAUUGGGGCAACAAUUGGUGGGGGCCAGACUGGGUUUGCACAGCCUGAGCUUGAGACAGAUGAGGACAAUCCAAUUGCUUUGAGAGUCAACAAGGGAAAGGCAAAGAUGGGGGGGGCACAGGCCAAGACAAAAAACAGUGAACUGAUUGCAGGGGGCAGACUACCCCCAGGGGCCAAAGUGAACGGACACCUGCCUGGCGAAGUAGCCCAACAAGCAAAUGGUGCCUCUGAGGACAAGAAGGGCAAGAAGCGUCCUGCCCCCCGGAAGCGGAAGAAUGCGGAGGUCGAGAACGACGGAGAAGCAGGUCCCUCAGGAACGGCCGAGCAACGCGGCAGACAGCUGGCGCCAGCUGGCGAGCAGUCAGUGGAUGCUGCAGACGGGGCUGAGGUCGAGCGUCCCCGAAACCGCAGGCGUAACAGGGCGGCGCCAGCUGUCGAUGCAGGUGGCGGUGCUGGGGAUGCGCCAGCUGGCGUAGAUGAUGUGGGCGGCGACCAGGAUCAGGGGGACAGGGCGCGUGCGCGCUUCUUGGCAAUUGCGCGGCGGCGGGCUGCGCAUUUCGCCCAUUUUGCGGGGGAUGAUCAUGUUGCGGAGGAGGACGAGGGGGAUGAAGAGGCUGAGGAUGCCCCCCCACGCAUCCCCCGAGGGCGCCAGGUGGCAGCCGACGAUUCAGGGGGCGAAGAGCCGGACUGGCCCGGCCCCUUCUCCACCGCUCGCAAGCUUGUGCGCGAGCGUGGCGCCGCUGCAGCCGCCCGGGGGGAGCAUUUGCCAGAGGAUUCUGCCCCCCGGCCUGUGGUCGACUGGACCCCCUCUCGAACACUGGACACUGCCGCACUUUUUGGUCGUCGUCCGAUCCCCUCGCUUUUCGACAUGAGCGUGCGCCUGUUGGUGGAUAAUGCCGAGUUCGUUGAGUCGAUGGAGGGCAUUCCGGAUGCGGUGAGGAAGCGUGUCGCGGCGGGGUUCUGUGCGCGACGGAAGAUGAUUCCCGAGACGCUCAGCCUGUUCUUCCGGGGAUCCCCCGGGGAGAUUGUGCUGCCGGACUGCACUCUGGUGGGCGAGGCGGAGAUGACGGAAGCCAUGGCGCAGACGGACACGCAGAGGUUGGAGGUGCUCGACUUGGGCAUGUGCGGCCGCUGCAUCACCGACCAAGGCCUGUCCGCCACGUUCGCGGGUGGUGUGAAUACCCUCCCGCAGCUCACCACUCUCUCCCUGCGGGGUGCCUACCGCCUAACCGACGCGGCUUUGGAAAAACUCUUGGCGGCCGCUCCUGGAGUGACGUCACUCGAGCUGCGCAAGUGCUCCCUGCUGACGGAGGACGCGGUGCGUAUGACUGCGGACGCUUUGUGGGGGCGGCUGACGAGUCUGUCGUUAGAGGGCUGCGCGCAGCUGGACGGGGCCCGCAUCCAGCCGAGCCUCCUCCGACUCACCGGUCUCCGCCGCCUCAACCUCUCCGCCGUUUCCAACGUAACGGACGCCCUGGUCCAAGAGCUGGGCGUUACGCUCGGGUCCGGCCUGGAGGAGCUCCGCCUCGCCGGCGCGUCGGACGUUUCGGACGCCGCGGUCGCGGCCCUUGCAGCAUGCUGUCCGAAUUUGGCGCUGCUCGAUCUGGACGGCGCGGUGAAACUGACGGACGUUGCAAUCGCGCGGCUGGCGGAUGGCUGCCGGGGAGUGCGCCACCUGUCACUGCGGCGGGGCAAGUUCAUCGACGAGGCGCUCGCGGCAUUUGUGACGGCUUCUGGCAGUCAACUACGUCACCUAAGCGUCAACAACGUCCGCAAGGCCGGGGACGCCACCUUGAUGGCCCUGGCUAAGCACUCCCGCGACUCGCUGACGUCACUCGACGUGUCGUGGUGCCGCCACGUGUCGGACCAGGGGCUCGGAUUGCUGGCGGACUCAUGCAGGCGCCUGCACAAUCUGCGGCUCUUCGGAUGCUCUCAGGUGACGGACCUAUUCCUUUCCGGUCAUUCCAACCCGGAGCUCGUCGUCACGGGCCAAGGAGACGACGUCAAGUGAUCCCUUAUGGGGGAUAUCGGAGCGCCACGUGGCAAGCGCUUGCGGCAGCCUUAAGAUUCUCUUUGAUGCUUCCAUGGUUCUAUCGAUGUCAUAUAUGAUUGUUUACGAAGCACACAAAUGCUCGCAUAGAUGCGCUCUGAUUGGAGCAGCGUUGGUCGAGAUCAGCGCCAGGUUCUCGCGAUCCAGAUGAAUCACACCUGAAAGGCAGUUCACAUUUGCAGAAGUGAACAACAAGCUAGAUGCUCCGACCAUCUUUAUAGGUAACGUGAACAAGCCAAGUCACAUGAACAAUUAACCACCUCGCAGCACAUUACGUGAAUGUCCUCCCAUUUGACCUGUAAGAAACUGUGCUUUUGCCAUGCC